AUGCUGAAGGAUGAUGAGCAGACAAAGGAAAAUCCAUUUUCUUUUGAAGACAAUGGUCCUACUAAUACACUGCCAUUAAAAUUCAGAUUUGAUGACGAGGAUCUAACCCCACCGGAGAAAGAAGACUGGCAAAAAGAAAUUGAUAAUCUUUUUACUGAGAUGGAAAUAUGCCUUACAUUACCAGAUUCUGACUUUACUGAAUCAUCCAAUUCCAAGGAUGGCACUCAUCAUGUCACUGCAACGGCCAAGUGCCAAGCAGAAUUAUGUCUCUCAGGGAAACAUCAGCUGAUUCUUGAAGAACCAAUUGGAAUCGUAUGCAGAUGUUGUCAAAUUGUGCAUAAGGAGAUGAAGGACAUAUUUCCUACACUGAAAAAGGAGACUCCACGAAGACGGGAUUGGGUUGACCUUCGCAGAGGUGAAUGCUUUGGUAUUCAUGAGCUUCAUCUUGAUGACCCAGGCUCUGGAAACUAUUACACCUCCGUUGAUGCUGAAGGCUCUGUACUGGAUCUUAUUCCAGAUCACAUUAGGAUGUCAAUGUAUAGUCAUCAGCUGGAUGGAUUUGUCUUCUUGUGGAAAAACAUAGUAGGAGAAACCUGCAUCGAGAAGCUGAAAACUGAACUUUCUGAUGAUGGAAGAGGAGCCAUAAUAUCACAUGCCCCUGGCACCGGGAAGACCUGCUUGACAAUUGUUUUUAUUCUGUCUCUGUUGAAAAUGUAUCCAAUGUGCCGACCCGUGAUUAUAGCUCCUACAAGCAUGCUGCUCACCUGGGAAAAUGAGUUCCGAAAAUGGGGAUAUAGAAUUCCUUUUCAUAACUUUAAUAGCAAGGAUUUGUCAGGAAACGAACUCAAAACUGAUGCAGAAUUUCUUCGGAGAGUAGGAAGCCGAAUGACAAAGCUGUACUCGUGGACAAAGGAGAAAAGUGUUCUAGGAAUCAGCUACAAGUUGUUUGAGCAGAUUGCUAGUGGACAGAAGGGAAAAGGAAGCGAUGAAAAACUUAAGGAAAUCUUUCUUCAACUGCCUGGUCUUGUGGUUCUUGACGAAGGGCACACGCCUCGCAAUCAACAGAGUCUUGUCUGGAAGGUUUUGACAGGAGUUAAGACAAAAAGAAAGAUAAUCCUCUCUGGAACUCCUUUUCAGAAUAACUUCGAGGAGUUGUAUAAUACUCUUUGCCUGGUAAACCCAAAGCUUUCUGGUUCAAUGAACUCUGAGAGUCGCAGCAGAAGAUGGCAGCGGAAGAGCAAUGUGGAGAAAGAGAGAUGGGUUUCCUUGACCAAUGCCAUUGAUAAGAACUCUGGCAACGCAGUAGAGGAGCUUAAAGCCAUGAUAGAUCCCUUUGUACAUGUACACAAAGGUUCUAUACUAGAAGAGAGUCUCCCUGGUCUGAAGGACACACUUGUUAUUUUGCGACCAACUGAUGAGCAGAAGGGCAUUCUUCAGCUUAUAUCGGAUGAUCGGAGCAGGUUUGACCAAGUACAUUUGGUGUCACUCAUUUCUGUCCACCCCUCAUUAGCUGCUUUCAGCAAACGCUUCUCUGGCGACAAAGACAGACUACGGGUACUUGAAUGCAGUCCUUAUGCUGGAGUAAAGACGAAAUUUGCCAUUGAGCUCAUCCGAUUAUGUGAUGCAUCGCAUGAGAAGGUUAUAGUUUUCAGUGAAUUUAUUCACCCUUUGAGAUUCAUAAUGCAGCAGUUGAUAGAUCAGUUAAAGUGGAGGGAAGGCAUAGAAGUGCUGUAUAUGGAUGGAAAACGUGACGAGAAGAAUCGCCAGUCAUCAAUUAGUUCUCUGAAUGAUCCCUCCGGUAAGGUGAAAGUUCUUUUUGCGUCCACAAAAGCUUGUUCUGAAGGAAUAAAUCUUAGUGGGGCUUCAAGAGUUGUUCUGUUAGACGUCGUUUGGAAUCCUGCAGUUGAAAGGCAAGCAAUAAGCAGAGCAUAUAGGCUUGGCCAAAAGAAGUUUGUCUAUGUUUAUCAUUUGAUAACCUCUGGGACCUUGGAGGUUGAAAAGUAUGCUCAACAGGCUAACAAAGAUCGCUUGUCUGAGUUGGUAUUUUCUUCUCGAGACAGGCAAAGGAUCAAGUCCAGAAUCUCAUCUGUUUUCGAGGACAAAAUCUUGGAAGGAAUGCUUGACAACAAAAUGCUGAUGAUAUCUUUGAGAAUGUUAUUCACCAGCCAAAGGAAUCAAAUGUAUUUGCAAACUUCAAUUAUGUUGAGCACAGGGAUUAGCCAAAAGACCUUUCGCUGCUGCAUCUCUCAUCAGUUGUUGAUGCUGUCGCCUUUUGUUUGGGAGCUCCAGCGACCUUUCUUCUGA